CACGGUUUUGAAAGAAAAGUAUCGAUUAUGCACUUCUAUUACCUUUCAUCUCCAAAUACAAUCAAAACAAGAUGUCUAAACAAUAUGGGCUCAUCAUUCCUGGGCAGCAAAAGAAGCCGGAAAUCCCGACAGCUGCCGCGCGCUCAAUAUCUAAACCGUCUAUCUUUGAUGAAAGUUCUUCGGAUGACGAGGGUAGGCCACAGUUAAAACUAAGGACAAGUAGUGUACAAGGUCCCAGUUUAAUGGAACGUAGAAUUGCUCGUACAAUGCAGGAAAAGGCAUUAAAAGAAGAUCCUACAGUUUUUCAAUAUGAUGAAUUGUACGAUGAGAUGGAAAGCAAACGGGAGCAGGAGAAAGAAAUUAAAAGCAAAGAGCCGAAGAAGCCUAAAUACAUAGGACGUUUAAUGGAAUUCGCUGAGCGUCGCAAACUGGAGAAUGAAUUGCGAGUGGAAAGGCAAGUGCAAAAAGAACGUGAGCAAGAGGGUGAAGAAUUCAAAGACAAAGAAAGUUUUGUAACAGCAACAUAUAGAAAAAAAUUGGAAGAAAUGCGAAAGUUACAAGAGCAAGAGCAACGUGACGAGUACUUAGAAGCUAUUGGAGAUGUAACAAAACAAAAAGACUUGGAUGGUUUCUAUCGGCAUUUAUUCGAACAAAAGACUGGUACGACAAAGGAGGUAAUUAAACCAGACUUUCCUGUUGUUACCUCAACAGGCGGUGAGGAUGAUGUUGCAUAUAAACCGAUCAAAUCCGGCAAGGCGCCGCAACAGCGUAGCUAUCGUAAACGUCGUAGUUCCGAAGAUUUUGAACAAGAUGAGACUGGUGCCGAUACGGAAGUCAAAAAGAUGCAUUUGACAAAUAAUAUUGAUGCGGAUUCCGACUUCAGCAUAGACUCGUCGACAGAUGACGAAGGCGAUGGGAAAAAAGAGGCUGAUGCGAAAUCCACACAGAAGCCAAAAGAAGUAUUAGCGGAAGCAAAUGCCACUUCAGUAGCUAUAAAUUUGGACGCCUUAAAGAAGGAAAAGUCGGAUAACCACUAUGCAAAAGAAAAUAAAAUGAACCAAACAGAUGAGGCAGUGCCAUCAGUCCCGGAGUCCAGUGAACCUGUCGAUGUAAAGCCCAAAGUCAAAAGAGAUAAAAGUGAGAUAUGGAAAAAACGUACUGUGGGUGAACUCUUUGACGCGGCAGUCCAAAGAUAUUAUGAGCGGAAAGCUGCAAGGAAUGCAUAAAUAAAUUAGCUAUAAAUAACUAGAGACAUUUUAAG